CUCUGUGCUUGUUCUCGACUCCACCAUGCCGAAUCGUAACCUCAACCUCCUCAGCCUGGACGGCGGAGGCGUUCGCGGGCUCUCCACGCUUUUGAUCCUGCGCAAUCUAAUGGAGGCGAUCGAUCGCGAGCAUCCGCCCAAGCCGUGUGAGUAUUUCCAGCUCAUUGGUGGCACUGGGUCCGGUGGGUUGAUUGCCAUCAUGCUCGGUCGUCUUGAAAUGGACAUCGAACAGUGCAUUAGAGCCUACACGCGCCUUCUUCGUCGAGUGUUCUCCAGCAAGCGCACGUUCCCGGUCGGGGCGAAUCUGCGCCUGCGACCGAAAUACGAUAUCAAGCGCUUAGGGUCGGCGAUCCGCGCCAUCCUCCGAGAGCUGAAGUAUGACGAUAACAUGCUCCUGCGCGAUGAGGACAGUACCUGUCGAGUAUUCAUCCCCGUCACCGACUCCACCAGCCACAAGCUAGUCCCUUUAACCAGCUACCCAAGCCCCUACUGCCCUACCGACCUCUACAAAUCGACCCGAGUCUGGGAAGCCGCCCAAGCCAGUUUCGCGCACGGGUCACUAUUCGAGCCCGUGCCCAUCGGGCCCAGCGCACGCUUAUUCCAGGACAGCACGGCAGAAGUCAACAACCCGAUGCGCGAAGUGUGGAUCGAAGCACGGGGCCAGUGGCGCUCGGGGUCGCUAGAAAGCCAGCUCCGGUGCAUGGUCUCGAUCGGAACAGGGGUUCCGUCCAUCAAGCGAGUGGGGCGCAAUAUGUUCGGGCUGUCCCGGUCCAAGCACGAGGUGAUUGAUGCGGAGACUGAGACAAAUCGGUUCCUGAAGGAACAUACCGAUCUGGAUGAUGAUCAUCGUUUGUUUCGGUUUGAUGUGCCCAAUGGGUUGGCGGAUAUUAAAGCCGAUGGGAUCGAUGAGAUCGAGACGGUUGUGGAGGCGACGGAGGAUUAUUUGGGCAAGGAGUUGAUGUAUAAGCAGGUGAGGAGGUGUGGGAGGGCGCUUGACGGCGUUUAGAUUCUGCUAUUUCUUAUUGGCGGCAUUGUUAGCUUUUCGAUGUUUAGUACUUCGUUCUUUUGGGUGGGUUAUUGUCAAUAUCCUUGACGGUUAUGCAAGGAGUAAAAACACGGCUGUUGGUCACAGAAGACACAGAUUGAUUUUAUUUCGUUAGAAGCAACCAAGGCCAUGCAUGACCUUAGAUACCCUGUUCAUCUUAGAUGGACGCAACAUGCCAUCCGAAGUGCAAAUUUUCCCAUC